CAUUGAGAACCAGCUGCUUCUGGCACCUUCUCCCUCGAAUUGAGAAGAAGGAUCCAGGCCAGGUGUAGGCUCAUACUCCUCUAGUUUCGAACCACCUUAAUCAUCAACGAUCGCGUGUCACGUUUGUUUGAUUCAAACAAACAUGACCCGCCUUCGCACCAUCGCAUUCCUUUCCAUAUUAUUAGUACUCUUACCUGCCAUUGUCGCCGCAAAAGGUGGCAAUGCUGGUAAGGGAAAGGCACAACAUAACCGCGUAGCUAAUAUUCACAAUGUUACUUAUGAUGGCAAGUCACUCUUUGUUAAUGGAAGACGCGAGCUUCUCUUCUCCGGUUCCAUCCAUUACACUCGCAGCACUCCUGAUAUGUGGCCAGUCAUUCUUGAAAGAGCAAGACAUGGGGGUUUGAAUGUUAUUCAAACUUAUGUGUUUUGGAAUGCUCAUGAGCCAGAAGAAGGCAAGUUCAACUUUGAAGGCAACUGUGAUUUGGUGAAGUUCAUUAAGUUGGUUCAAGAGAAAGGCAUGUAUGUGACUCUCAGGGUUGGACCUUUCAUUCAAGCCGAAUGGAAUCACGGAGGUCUUCCAUAUUGGCUAAGAGAGGUUAAGGGGAUGGUAUUUCGUACUGAUAAUGAACCAUAUAAGAAACACAUGCAAGCAUUUGUAGGAAAAGUUAUACAAAUGAUGAAAGAUGAGAAACUCUUUGCUCCCCAAGGAGGACCCAUCAUCUUGGCACAGAUUGAAAAUGAGUACAACCAUGUCCAACGUGCCUAUAAAGAGUUCGGAAAAAGAUAUGUCCAAUGGGCUGCAAAUAUGGCAGUAGCUUUCGAUGUUGGUGUUCCGUGGAUCAUGUGCAAGCAAACUGACGCUCCUGAUCCCGUCAUCAAUGCAUGCAAUGGAAGACAUUGUGGUGAUACCUUUACCGGACCAAAUAAGCCAUACAAGCCAGCUCUAUGGACUGAAAAUUGGACUGCCCAAUACCGAUCUUUUGGUGAUUCUAUAUCUAAGAGAUCUGCAGAAGAUCUUGCCUUCUCAGUUGCCCGAUUUUUCUCCAAGAAUGGAAAUUUGGUCAACUACUAUAUGUACCAUGGUGGAACAAACUUUGGAAGAACCAGCUCCGCCUUUACAACAACUCAAUACUACGACCAGGCUCCUCUCGAUGAAUAUGGUCUUGAGAGGGAACCAAAAUGGAGUCAUCUUAGGGAUGCACAUAAGGCUAUGCUCCUUUGCAGAAAGGCUAUUCUUGGAGGUGUUCCCACUGUCGAGAAGAUCAACGCCUUCCACGAGGUUAGAUUAUUUGAGAAGAAAGAAGGAAAUAUCUGUGCUGCUUUUAUCACUAACAACCACACUACUCAAGCAGCUACCAUCAGUUUCAGAGGUUCUAACUACUUCUUGCCUGCACAUUCCAUCAGCGUCCUCCCCGAUUGCAAGACUGUUGUUUUCAACACACAAAGCAUUGUAUCCCAACAUAAUUCAAGGAACUUUGUGAAGUCUGCUGUCGCAAACAACUUCAAAUGGGAGGUGUUUUCUGAGCCAAUUGUAAAUGCCAAGAAAGUCCCACCAACUGAGUUAAAACCAGUUGAGCUUUACACCAUGCUUAAAGACACCUCUGAUUACGGAUGGUUCACCACUAGCUUUAAUUUGACUCAAGCAGACAUGCCAAAUAAGGGUGGAGCAACUCCGGUUCUUAGCAUUGAGACACUUGGACACACACUAUCCGCAUUUGUUAAUGGACAAUACAUUGGCUUUGGACAUGGUUCCCAUGAAAAGAAAUCUUUUCUAUUUGAGAAACCUGCAAACUUUAAGGUUGGAACCAACUACGUAUCCCUCUUGGCUACCACUGUUGGACUACCAGACAGUGGAUCUUACAUGGAAGCUAGGAGUGCAGGACCCGAUACCAUAUUCAUCAUUGGUCUCGCCAGAACAAUUGAUCUAUCAAACAACGGUUGGGGCCAUAAGGUUGGUCUCAAAGGUGAGGAACUUCGAGUUUUCACCGAGGAAGGAUCAAAGAACGUUAAGUGGACUCCAGUAGCAGGGCCUGCGCGCCCUGUCUCCUGGUUUAAGACGAGAUUCGCCACACCAGAAGGAAAAAGUCCAGUUGCUAUCAGGAUGACAGGUAUGGGAAAAGGCAUGAUUUGGGUGAACGGUAAGAGCAUCGGCCGUCACUGGAUGAGCUUCCUUUCUCCUCUCGGUAUACCAACUCAAUCAGAGUACCAUAUCCCGAGAUCUUACCUUAACGCCAAAGACAAUUUGCUUGUUAUAUUGGAAGACGAAAAGGCCUCUCCCGAAAAUAUUGAGAUAAUGAAUGUUGACAGAGACACUAUCUGCAGUAACAUCCGAGAGAACGAUCCUGCCAAUGUCAAUUCGUGGGUAUCUAGACACGGACAGUUCCGUGCAGUCACCAAAACUUCAGGGCCACAGGCUUCACUCAAAUGUGCCACGGGCAAAAAGAUUGUGGCUAUCGAAUUCGCAAGCUUUGGUAACCCUUCUGGUGUUUGUGGAAUGUUUAACCUCGGAACCUGUAACGACGCUUCUGCUAAAAGCGUCGUUGAGAAGGAAUGCUUGGGGAAAGAAGCAUGUUUGGUUGCAGUGAACCGUGCAAACUUCAACAUGAAAGGUGGUGAUGCUUGCCCGGAUUUGGUGAAGAAUCUUGCUAUACAAGCAAAGUGUUCUUACUAGAGAAGGGUUCGGUUCGAUUUGAUCAUAAGAGCGGAGAGAAGCUUUAAAAUGUCAUUGUAGCAAAUCAAUGUAUCUUUUAUGCUUUUCACAGCUUCUUAUAACUUCAUUUAAUUAAAUAUAUAUAAAUAUACAAGAAGUUUACAGAAA